AUUCUCAUAAGAUCUCCCGGCGACUUCUGGACGACGCCGGUUCGAGGACGCGUGCGACCCAUCGCGACACCACCGCCGUGUCGAGCGCGAAGGCGCUGGCUGCUGUGGCUGGCACGAGGACGGGCGGAGCUAGUUUUCCGUCGCGACGAGGAGUAGUAGUCGUGGUGGGGAGAGGAGCAGCAGCGAAACGACGAAGGACUCGACUCCUCCGUCAUGAUAUGAGAGAGAGCCUAGGGCCCUAGCAUUUCAAUCUAGACCACCACUUUAUUCGAGUUCUUUUCAGUGUGUGUCUGUUUUCAUGAAAUCGUUGCAGCUGCUGCUGCUAGUUCAGUUUCGAGAGCGUUUCUAAUUGUGACGUAGGCUGUGAAGGGCGUCGUCGUUGCUAGUAAUAGCACUUGGGUCCAUGCUCACUUUGCUUUUUGGAACCGAGUGUGGCUCGAUCGUUGCGUGUACCCGCGACAAGGGGACGCUCUCAUCCCGCCGCAUGCAACGCUGUCAGCUUGUGUGUGUGAGAGAGCGAGAGAGAGAGAGUGGGUGAUCAAAUUGCGGCUGCGCGCAGGGAAUUCGUGCAGCUCGUCCGUUUCCUCGCUGUGGUGGGGGAGCGGGGUACAGUGGUGGAGAAUUUUGUGAUUCCUUGCAGCGUGGUUUCCUGCCUCUGAUUUUCCGUCAUUUGCGGGUGGGAUUGAUGGUGCCCAGGAGUUGGGGAGGGGCUGGAUCUUGUGAGCCUUGUAGUUGGCGGUGUGGGGGGUUGUAGAGCGGUGAGUUUUGGGGGUUGAGCGAAUGCGAAGAGACUCGUUGGGUGUUUGGACCCGCUUGCGUGGUCUCGAGGGUGAUGGUGAGAUCGGUGAGGGAAUUGGUUGCGACGUUGGGAGGGUGAGUCUGUGAGCAGGGAAUUGAGGGAGUAGUGAAAACCAGAGUUGCAGUUUGUUAGAAUUGGCGGAUACAAGAUGGUGAUGGUGGGAAUCCAUGAUGAAGCUCGCCAUGAGCCCGGUAGUGGGUGUGCAUGUCUUUCGAAGGUGAAAAUCCAGCCGCGGAUGUCGUCUUCGGAGUCUCUCGAAGGGGCUAGAGCGAGUGUGAAGAAAGGUGCUGCUGCCUGUGGGCAGCGGUUUUGGUAUAAUGUGAUGCAUCGGCUGCGUGGAGGGGGUCACAGCAAGGAUGGGCUUGGCACCUACAGUGGGGUUCUCAUUCCUACCUGCGAGAAUAUGUGGGGUGUGCUCAUCUUUCUACGAUUUUUCUACAUCGUGGGAAGCGCCGGAGUGUGGCAAACUUUUCUCAUUGUUUUCAUCUCCUUCCUGUGCGCGAUGCUGACCACCAUGUCCCUUAGUGCGAUUGCAACGAAUGGGAAAAUUGAGCAAGGAGGCACCUAUUAUCUCAUAUCAAGAGCGUUGGGACCAAAGCUUGGCGGAGCUGUGGGGUUACUGUAUUACAUUGGGGUAGCUCUGCUUGCUGUUUUGGAGGGCCUCGGUUCAGUAGAGAUGAUCGUAUUCACCUUUCCAAGCCUAGACUUCGUGUCGGCGAAUCGAAUCAUUGGCGCAUGUAUCUUGCUCGUGCUGGGUAUACUGGUGUUCUUUGGAAUUAAAUUCGUCUCCAAAUUGGGGCUUAUCUUCUUCGCCAUCGUCCUUUACACCAUGCUUUCCUUCUACUUGGGUUUGGGAAUGGCGCCCCGAGGAUCUCAUGCACCACCAUCUCUUACCGGGCUGUCGUGGACUACGUUCAAGGGCAAUUGGAACCCCGGAUAUCCACCAGGAAAAUCGUUUUCUACUGCCGUGUCCCUCUUUUUUCCCUGCUUUACUGGAAUCUUGAGUGGAGCAGAUCGAGCAACUAAUCUUCGACGACCAGAGAAGUCGAUUCCGCAGGGAACUUUGGGAGCUGUUGUGAUCAGCUUCGUCAUGUACAUGUCCUACAUGGGUUUGUGGGCUGCUGUGGCACAAAGAGAUUAUCUUCUUGGGGUUACCGGCGGAGAUCAUGCAAUGCUUUAUGUCGUGAGAGAAGUGGCUUACCCCGUGGCCAUCCUCACCGAGCUUGGAAUCAUCAUUGCCUCCAUUGCGCAAGCAAUGCAAUGCAUCAUCAUCUCACCUCGGUUACUUCAGGCCAUUGCUGCUGAUGGAGUGGUGCCAUUCUUGGGGCCAUUCGCAGUUGUUUCAAAGAAUGGAGAGCCGAGAAGGGCUUUGAUUGCUACCACCGCACUCUGCAUCGUUUUUGCUAUGAUAGGAAGCUUGAACGCUGUGGCGCCGCUUGUCUCGAUCUGUUUCCUGACUUGCUAUUCAGCCCUUAACCUUUCCUGCCUGAUACUUUCCGCUGUAAAUGCACCCAGUUGGAGGCCGAAAUGGAAGUAUUAUCACUGGUCAGCUGCUCUUGUAGGAUUUCUAGCUUGUGCAGCCAUGAACUUUGUGAUUGUGUGGUAUUGGGCUUUGGUGGCGAUGGCCUUCCUAGUCUUUAUAUACAUCUACAUCGACUUUCGCCAGGUUGAAGUGAACUGGGGGACUGGUUUAGGUGGAUUGUUUCUUCAAAUAGCCGUGCGUGGGAUUCUUGCUGUUGGAGAGGAGGCUAGAUAUACCGUGAAUUGGCGACCUCAGCUAUUAUGUCUUUCAAAACCCAGAUCCUCAUGGACCGAUAAGGGACAUGCAGACCAUGAGUUCCUGUUCUUCACUUCCCAGUUAAAGAAGGGGCAAGGGCUGUGCGUGGUAACGGUCAUUCUUACGGGCAAGCUUGACGAAAUGACAGCUCAAGCAGCGGGUGAAAAGAUUGAGCUCGAAAACAGAAUGGCCGAAGCAAAAGUAAUUGGCUUUGGAAGAGUAUUGAUUGCACCCUCAUACCGCGAAGGCAAGACUUAUGCUAUUCAGUCAUCAGGUUUGGGAAGCUUGGAGCCCAAUACUGUGGUACUUGGGUGGCCUACCAAGUGGCGAGUCCCUGGUCAUGAAGAUAAUGCUGAGGUUUUGCUGGAGACCCUAACAGAAUGCCGGGCAGUAGAUAAGGCUGUUCUCUUAUGCAUGCACUUGGACCGAUUUCCUGGUAAAGAAGAGUUUCAAGAGGGAGUCAUUGACGUUUGGUGGAUUGUCCAUGAUGGAGGAUUGCUCCUGCUUCUGGCUCAUCUCCUGCAACAGCACAAGAUUUGGCGGAAGUGUAAACUUCGUGUGCACACUGUGGCUGAAAAGCUGGAUAACUCGGAAGUGGUAAAGAAGAACUUGGAAAGAUUGUUGGAAUUGGUAAGAAUAAAGGCUGAGGUUCAGGUAUUGGAGCUUGAUGAGUCAUGUUUGGCGCCGUACACAUUUGACUACACCAUUCGGGUGGAAGAAGCCCGGGCUUUCGCAGAGGAAGUUGCUAAUUACCGGAAAGCUAGUGAACAUAGAGCGAGUACCAGUCCUCAUGGGUCAGGGCGACGUACUGAGAUUCCCAAAUUAGGAGAAAAACACAAGGAAAAAGGACCAGUACCAAGCUUUCAGCUCAGUGACCUUGAGGGGACUAGCUAUGCUAGACGAAGAGAGGCGCGGCGAAAUGCAUCAAGUCCAAAUGGUGGGAAGGGAUCCCCGACCCAUACUUCCAACGAAAUUAAAGUGAGUUCACCCGAUUCAAAACAACCCCAACAUCCAUCAUCUGCAGCGAUGCCGCCUUUGGACCUCCCAUCCCCUACAUUCUCGAAGAUAACUGAGAAGCCGAUAAGUGGUGAAAUCGAAGCAAACUCUGUAGCUUCGACCGAUUCCACUACUCAAGGGCCGAGCAUCUUGUCUAAAUCUAAAUCUAGAUCGGGUUCACGUCGCAAGCCUAAGAAAACCACGCAAUGGGCCGAUGGUGGUGGUGAAACGACGAACCAGGACCGUCAAAGUCCUUUGGAAAUUGUGAUUGAUGAUGGCGGCCUUAUACCUGAUAUGGUCGAUAGCGAUGAGGACGAUGGAUCAGAUAAUGAGAACUCAAUACAAGGAUCCAGUCAAUUUUAUCCAGGUUCUCCUGCAGGAAACCCAGCUGCAAUUGAGGACAUGCCGGAGCCCAUGAGAAGGACAUGGGAAACAUUCAGCCAAAGCUAUUCCCCGAAGAAGCUGAAUGACAUUAUCAUAGAACAGUCUCGUGAUGCACAAUUGGUUCUUAUUAAUCUGCCGGACCAUUACAAGGGCAUGGAGCCCCAUCGAUAUAUGGAGUACUGUGAGGAGCUCUGUGAGGGCCUCAACAGAGUUCUUCUGGUGCAUGGCACAGGGAAGGAGCUGUGGGGUGGCCAAGCUCAUCUUGGGCUCUAAACUCAAUUAGAGUUGUGAGAUGUAUCAAAACCAAUUCUUCCAUAUUUUGUUUCUUCUUAAACUUUUCCCAUAAAAGUGUUAAAGACCUGAGAUGGAUUGUCUACCAUUUUCUAUCAAUACAAUAGAUAUUCCUCGUUAAUUUUAGAAAGUAAAUAAAAAAAAUUAAAUUAACCUCAAUGGAGAGGCUCUUUCUUCCGGUCAAAAA